CGUUGAUCAAAAUCUGCUUCAAUUCCGUUCACAAUCAUUUGAACACUUGAAGACCGGCUCAACGAUGUUUUGUCGCGCCUUAUUCAAAUCUCCCAAAUCAUUGUUUACGAUUGGGUGUGCUGUGAUGUCUUCAUCUCAGAAGUCUUGGAAUUCAAUAUAUGAAUUCACUGUUAAAGAUAUCAAUGGUGUGGAUGUCUCCUUAGAGAAAUACCGGUUUGUUCGAUAUUCUUCUAUGUAGAAUGAUAAUUAUUCGUUGUUUAGUGGUCAUGUUUGUCUAAUUGUUAACGUCGCUUGUAAGUGAGGCGCAACGGACAAGAACUAUCGCCAACUCCAGGAGAUGCACACUCGACUGGUUGGCAAAGGCCUCCGUAUAUUAGCGUUCCCCUGCAACCAAUUCGGCGGACAGGAACCCUGGGCGGAAGCGGAGAUUAAGAAGUUUGUGACUGAAAAGUAUGGCGUCCAAUUCGAUAUGUUUUCCAAGAUAAAAGUCAAUGGGUCUGACGCUGAUGAUCUCUAUAAAUUUCUUAAAAGUAGACUGCAUGGUACCCUAACAAAUGAUAUUAAGUGGAACUUCUCUAAAUUCCUUAUAGAUCGUCAAGGCCAACCGGUUAAAAGAUAUUCUCCUACAACUGCCCCAAAUGUGAGUUACUGAAUUUUCAAUAUUUCUAUUUUGUUAUCAGUUCUGACUGUCAAAAUAGAUAGACGUAACUUGAGAUAAAUUGACAAAAUCAGCAAUCCAGCCUACACACUUCGAUUUUUUUCCUAAUUGUCUAAGUAUUUUGUUGUGUUGUUUCUUAAGUAUGUAACUUUCAGUCACUUAAUGGGUGCGUUAACUUCCUCCCGUCUAAUGACAUGCAGACGUAAAACAUGGCUCAUAGACAAAUCACUUAAGGUCACCAUAUAAUGUACGUCACGAGGAAUUUGUGUUAAAACAAACACUAGUAAUAUAUGCUAACAUCCGAAAUUGCGGAGCGAAGUAUUCACAAUUGAACCUUAGUUAUUGCCCCCACCUGGUUGAUCGCAAGUAAUGUCGUUACGUUACGUCACGUAACCUAUAGUUCCUGUAGAUUUGAAGCUGCCAUUAAGAAAUUUUACUCAUUUGAAUAUUUAGCAGGUUAGUGACCUCGCUGAACAUAAGUUGUUUAGAUGAUUUCAUUAAUUCGUUUCCAAACUAGUCUCACCUCAAUAGUGGUUAUACGUCGAAAAAACCAACCUGGACACAGCAUAUUACCUCACAGCCGGUACAUGUUGAUAAAGUUACCGGUUAAUUGUCAUGAAUGACAAAAUGAAACAUCAACUUUAGUUACUUGUUAGUUUUAUGGUACGUGAAAUAUAGUCCAUCGCUGCAUAGUUACUUCAGUUAUUGGUCAUGUCAAACUUCAUGAGUGAAAUUCGAGUUUAAGUUAACUAUCUUAAAUUGCACUAUAUGACGUCAUAGACCAAACGAUUUUCCGACUCAGUUAUGAAAUAGUUAUCUGUACCGAAGAAACUAGAACUUCAGGAACGAACCUUCGUGUCUUUACUGAGUAACCUUACUUCACAAUAUUGUCACUUCGGUUUUGUAUGUCUUGGUCUCCAAUGUGACAGUCAUUUUCGUCAACAACACUAUUAGGUUAAUAGAUGUCCACACUCGUGACUGUUUGGAUUGAACUUAGUUAACUGCUACGUCUAUACAACUAGUUCUCCUAAAGUUUGAUUUUUCUCAGAAAACUUGUAUAUCGCCUUGUAAUGGUCUGCAAGCCUGCAAUUAGUCGUACAUCAGUGUACUACAAGCACUAGGUAUGAUAAUUACGGUUUGCGUGGGAGCGUACAAAACUUCUGUAUGGCAGUCUUCAUCUUUCCAUUUCCUGGUUUAGUGGCACCGGUUAGCGCGUUUAGCACUUGGAUGUGUAGCGGUUAUUGGACCAUGUAUCAAUCCAAGCACAAAUUGUUUCAAGCAAUAGUGGAAUCCUCGACCACUGCAGAGUUCAAGGGCUAGGAAUAUCUAAUUUUCUCACACUACGUAAUUCAUAUAUAUUGUAGAUCUAAUUUAUUACAAGUGAUUUUUUUCUCUUCAUUUACCUGCCCUGUGUCUGUUGGGGCAGACUUACUGAUUAAUAUUGGCGAGAUAAUCGCAAGCUAUGAUUACGUGGAGUAACCCACUUCUUGUCUGGCAUCCGUAAAUUAUCUUUUUCUGAUCUCACCUUUUCUAUUUGUAAUACAUUUUUAAUGUACUGUACUUCACAUAGCGUUGACUCUGUAGUUUGUAAUACUAAUAUGGAGUGUGGGGAAUUGAACUAGUGUAUGUCCAUACCAAACAAUUCCUUGAUUUUGACCGUCUACCGUAUUAGGUGGUUAGUCCCAAGUAUGAUGCUUAAUGUCUAAUGGUGACAAAAUUCAUGAAACUGUCGCAGUUUUAUCGAUACGUAAUCACCUUUUAGUUUUAGAAUCUCCGACCAAACUUUUAAUUUUUUGUAGGAUAUUGUAGGAGAUAUCAUGGAGCUUUUGGAAAAGAAGUGAUCAAUGGAACUUUUGAGCUUUGAACAAAUUCUCGCUAUAUGACGAUGGCAAUCUCAAAUGUUCACUGAUUGCCAUUUGAUGAAAUCAGUUUUGUGUGCACCUGAUUGCAGAAUUUUGUUUACCUUGCUCAUAUUUUUCAUUGAAACUACUUCUCAGAAUAAAUGUGUUAUCUAUAAUUGAAUGACUUGUACUUCACUGGACUUGCUUACGAGUUAACUGAAAUACUUCUCAUCGCACUUACCAAGCAAUUCUAUUUCAGAAGUAAACAAUAGCGGUUGGGCUGUUAAAGAAGCCGGUGCAUGUUUGCGUUGCUUUCUUCUAAGCCAUUAUUAUUAAUAAGAAAUAUCAGCCCUGUCGUAUGACAAAGUAGUCUAGUCAAUCUACCCAUCUGAUCUUAGUGUAGGCUCUUUUUCUGAAUGGGUUUUUAAACUGGCCUAACAAUCUAGGGGUUCGUGCAAAGUAUCUGGGAGAUAUACUUCCGUUUGUAAUGUUAGAUGCGGAUAUCCGUCCUAACAAUUAGUCUGAAACUUUAUUUUGCUACUUUUAUUUAACUGCAUACAAAAGACGUUGAUGACACCAAGAGAAAUGAAUUUCGAAUAUCACUAAGAACUCCACCGUCUAACUGUGCAUUGAAGGGCAGGCUACCCAAAUAUUGUCCGAUUUAAGGCCGUGAACAUGAUACGAUCUCUGUAGUAUCAAAGUGGUUGUUAUCGUUAUUACGAAGAAGACAAAAGCCUGUAUCUACACAGGUGUUAGUUUUGGGAAUGGUGAUAUGACACGAAACCGACGUCGGGACGGCAAAUGUUCAGGUUAUGUUGAUUUACAGCACAGUUGUGGAGUCAGCGCCGUCGCCAAGUUGAAGGUUUUCGACAGCCAUGUCCAUUUAUCCUUGUUUCUGAAUGACUGCUUGGAUUCGACAGCAUUACAGUCCGAGCAACCAAAUGCCUGGGAACAUGGUACUGCGCACUAUUUGUGAUCUGUUAUUAGUCGGAACACCCGUGUCUCUGAAUGGUGGGUGAAUUGGUGCCGACGGUGACAUGGCCGAUAAGGUCGACCUGUGUAUAUUGAAUGCCAGAUCGGUUUGUGCCAACCUAUGGCACCGGCGCCCUCAUGAUGUUAGUCUGGUUGUAAAUUGGGCUUAAAACAUCGAUGAGAUCAGUUUCGAUGUAUGAUUUUUAAGUCUGACCCCUCCGAGUCGGUGUUAGAUAACUCUGUAUGCGGUCAUCGUCGUCUGAUGGAUUGAUGACACUCAGCAGCAAUACCAUGUCGGUGAUGCGGAGGUUCAACGAAGUCUAACUGGGUACCCGGUUACAUAAUUCAGUUGGCGUCACCAUGUGGAGAAAAAGCUUCCGAUGGCUCGGACAUGUACUACAAAUGCUGUCUCAGCUAUUUCCAUAUUGUGCUUUAUUUGCUGAGGCUGAGACCUAUUGGAAAAGCGGAUAUGGAGCCCGGCUAUGAAAGAAAGCUGUAUAAGACUGGCAUCUGCUGAUCCAUCAGGACUUCUUGGUUGGGAUUCCUGAUGUGAUACAACUCUGGCUUGAGGUGCUGUCAGACAUGACAACCACUUCUGCUGACGAGGUCGAUAAAAUUUAAUAAUUCACGAUUAUGGUUAAAUUGGGCUAUUACGCUCCCUGGACUUCACUUAUCAGCAGCACUUAAUUCAAAUAAGGCGACAUUUGUAAAGGGUUCAAAACCACAGGUUGUUGUUUAGGUGUCAAUGUCAAGGUUGGACUUGAUAGUUUCAGGUAAAUACAGCAUUGAGUAGAAAGUUAAUAAUAAAUAUGUUUUUUGUUAUUUCCAAAUGAGUAGAAAACUAUUUCCGACGUUUCGUGACCUAAUAUUAAUCCACUUCUUCAGAGUAAAUAACCAACCGAAAAAAGAUUAACACAACUCUAAAUAAUACAAAGGAAAUAACCCCAUGUACUGUUUAAACUUGUGUUAAUUGCAUUUCGGUUAUUUAUUUACUGUGAAGAAGUGGCUUACAUUAGAUUACGAAACGUCAAAAAUACAAUUCUCUACUCAUUGGGAUAUUCACAAGAAAUAUACCUAUUAUCCAUAGGUUAUUUUUUUGUUUGAGUAAUUCUUUUUGUAUUUUAGAGAAUAAAUUUCUUAGUUAUUCUUGAACGUAUUAAUAAUAAAUUGAAGUACAUAUUAUUUUAUCUGCCUGUUCCAAUGAUCUCGGCCUUUUCAUUGUGUAAAAAAAGAAAACAAAUUAACUAUGUGUACUUAUAUUUACAGAGUAAACACAAGUCUUAAUUAUUGAUUUGUUGAGUAUAAAUAUUAUGUACUUUUUAAUGAGAUAAAACUAUUUUUAUGCACAUCGAUUGCUCUUAUAAUUUACAUGUUAGAACACACACACACUGUCACUAAUUAUCUGCGUUAUUUAAUGCAUUUUAACAAGUGCAAAAUAUAUUGAGAUAAAAUGAGAUAAUCAUCAUAUUCAUAAUCAAUCAAUCCAUAAUCAAAUUGUUGUUAUGAUCAGUCAUUCAAAAAAAGUCCACAUUGUAUUUUAUUUGAAGAAAAACAAAACAACUAUACAAACCCGACAAUAUCAUGUUGGUAUAUCUUUGUUAAUAAAUCUG